GAUUACCAGAGCUACAACAGCAUCAUGUGACUCACUAGCCCCAUAUCUCCUCUAACAACAUCACAUGAAGAAGAGGUGGAACCCUGCCUGGAGGGGGCGAGGAAACUCCAAAAGAGCCAGACCAUUCACCCGGGGGACACCCUCUGCUACCCCUCAGCCACCAGUGGACGAUAACUGUCCUUAUUUCGGAUGGUUAGAAUACUUCCCUGAUGAUCCAUACGUCCCUGAGUCACCUCUGGUUGCUAGACUGAGAAUAUUUGUGUCAGUGUUUGAGGAGAUGCUUCUUGACGUGUCGCUGUUUGAGCAGAUAUAUUUGAAGGGUUCCUUUACGCUGGAUUUAGAGAGUUUUGUGGCUAAACCCAUAACUCAAGAAGGUAUUCCUGAUUUUCUGGGCCUGCUCCGGACCACCCCAGAUAUCAUGAUCAGAUCUCUAUCUCUAUCCUUAUACCACGUUCUAAGCUCUGCAGAAAGCGGCACUCAGGCUAUCCAUACCAUCCCCCAGGUUAUUGCUAGGCUGUCUAAAUUCGGUCCCAUCACCCCUCUUAGAGACCUACGAGCUAAUUUGUACGGAAAGUUCGCGACAGUUCAGGGUACUGUAGUGAGGGUAAGUGACAUCAAACCAUUAGUUACUCACCUCCAAUUUACCUGUGCUAACUGUUCCCUCGACAUAGCUCACCCUUUAAAAGACGGUAAAUACACUAACCCAUCCCCCUGCUGCGGAAUGACACCCACACCAGUCCACUCUGGUCCUCUCACUAGAACCAUAGAUCUUCAGAAGGUCCGGCUGCAGGAGGUGGUGAGUGAGGAGCAGAACGAGGCAGGCAGGAUACCCAGGACUGUGGAAUGUGAGUUGACUGGUGAUCUAGUGGGUGCUUGUAUACCAGGAGAGAAUGUCAGUGUGACUGGGAUUGUGAAGGUGCAUCAUGGUGGGGAUGAACACCGGGCAAAGAAUGCUAAAGACAAGUGCAUGUUCCUGCUGUAUGUCCAUGCUAAUUAUGUUGGGAGUUCCUCCUCGUCGGGAGACAGUGCACUUGUUAUCACAAUGUCUGAUAUAUUGGAGAUAAACGCUCUUACUCAGAAGUAUCCCUUCGGUGCUCUAGUCAACUCAUUGUGCCCCACAAUAUUUGGUCACACUAUGGUAAAAGCAGGGUUAGUUUUAGCACUGGUUGGAGGCACUGACAGGUCUAGUGAUUCUGUCUCGGGACUGCACAAGAGAUCAGAUUCCCAUGUUUUGAUAGUGGGUGAUCCCGGGCUAGGCAAGUCCCAGCUCCUACAAGCAGUGGGUAAUGUAGCGCCGCGCGGUGUGUUUGUGUGCGGAAACAGCGCCACAGCAGCAGGUUUAACUGUCACCCUGACACGAGAUGGGUCUGAUACUGUGCUGGAGGCUGGUGCUCUCGUGUUGGCUGACAAAGGGUGCUGCUGUAUUGAUGAGUUCGAUAAAAUGGGAGCUCAACACAGCGCCCUGCUUGAAGCUAUGGAGCAGCAGAGUAUCUCUAUUGCUAAAGCAGGUAUGGUGUGUUCACUUCCAGCCAGAACAGCUGUUCUCGCCGCUGCCAACCCUGUGGGGGGUCACUUCAAUCCCAGGAAAUCAGUGGCAGACAACCUCAAACUUUCCACACCUCUACUGUCCAGGUUUGAUCUGAUAUUCAUCCUAUUAGACCGUCCUGAUUCCGGUCUGGACAAGUAUCUCUCAGAUCACGUGUUAGCAAUGCAUGCUGGUGAGUCCAACUCUCAGGUAGCACCUCACGAGAGUGACCUGCCUUUAGAACAGAAACUCAUGUCUUGUAAAGACCAGCUCGAACCGCUGCAAAUGAAGAAGUACAUAGCCCAUGUUCGUAGUACCAUCCAGCCAGUACUGAGUGAUGACGCUAAGGCAGUGCUGAAGGAAUAUUAUCUGCAGCUCAGAGCAGAGGAUAACAGUGAUGAGACCCCCAUAACCACACGUCAAUUGGAGAGUCUGAUCAGACUGACUGAGAGUAGGGCGCGAGUUGCGCAGCGCAGGGUGGCAACCAGCGCUGAUGCAAUAGAUGUAGUGGAGAUCUUCCAGCACUGUAUGAGGGACGCUAAAGCUGAUAGAAACGCUGCAGGACCAUCAGGUACCGGCAAGACAAUGGGUGUAGCUAAAGCGAGUAAACUGCUGAUAGCUGCACUAAACAGGCACUCUGAACAUACGUGUACCAGUCUGUUCUCUGUGGUCGAGAUCAAGGAAGUUAUGGCGAGGGCAAAGAUUGAGGUUAAAUCGUUUGAUAGUUUGAUGUUUGCGCUCAAUGAUCAGGGCUUUCUGUUGAAGAAGGGUACAAAUAUAUUUCAAUUGCAGACUAGCACUUGCCUGUGACAAUUUUUAACUUGGAAUCUUCAUUUUUACUGAAAUCGCUGAAUGGCUUGACUUUUUACCAAGUGUUUCUCAUUUCGCAUU